CACCCUGCAGUAUAAUGGCGUCCAAGUCAUGAUGCGGUUUUAAAAAAACUGAGAGGUUGGCUGAAGUACGCACUUCCUACAGUGAUAAAUGAAGUAAGCUGGCAUACAAUUGGGCAGGACUGUUGGAGUAAGUAUGGCGAGUCCAGUUUUCAAUGCACAGCGCCUGCUGUGUCGCAUCGGGCCUGAUCUACGGAGUGUCUGUGGUCUGCACACCACCAGCAGCUGUGCCUCGAAGGACCACUACAAAGUCCUGGUGGUGGGUGGUGGAAGUGGUGGAAUUACCAUGAGUGCUCGGAUGAAAAGGAAAGUCGGAGCUGGAAAUGUAGCCGUUAUUGAGCCUAGUGAGAAUCAUUAUUACCAGCCACUCUGGACUCUGGUAGGAGCGGGUGCAAAGACUGUUAGCACAUCCAGAAGAUCCACUGCUAGUCUCAUCCCCGCUGGAGUUAAAUGGAUCAAGUCCCAGGUGCAGGAGUUUAGCCCGGACAAGAACUGUGUGCGCACUGAUGAUGGUAAAGAGAUAUCAUAUCAGUAUCUUAUUGUUGCUCUUGGGCUCAAGCUGCAUUAUGAAAAGAUUAAGGGUUUGCCUGAAGGUUUUAAGUAUCCAAAGAUUGGCUCCAACUACUCGGUUGAGACAGUAGACAAAACCUGGAAGGCUCUGCAGGAUUUCAAGGAAGGCAAUGCCAUCUUCACGUUCCCCAACACGCCAGUCAAGUGUGCAGGCGCGCCGCAGAAGAUUAUGUACCUUGCUGAUGCCUACUUCAGAAAGACAGGGAAAAGAUCCAAAGCCACCAUCCUCUACAAUACUUCCCUGCCCGUAUUAUUUGGCAUUAAGAAAUAUGCCGACUCUCUGUGGAACAUUGUGAAGACACGGGACCUGAAUGUGAACCUCAGACAUAACCUCAUCGAGGUCCGGCCGGACAAACAGGAGGCUGUGUUUGAAAAGCUAGACAAUCCCGGAGAAACUGUGGUUUUCGAGUAUGAAAUGCUUCAUGUUACCCCUCCAAUGGGACCCCAUGAGGUUCUGAAAAACAGUACGUUGGUGGAUAAAGCAGGCUGGCUUGAUAUAGACAAAGACAUGCUGCAGCAUAAAAAGUAUCCUAAUGUAUUUGGCAUCGGGGACUGUACUAAUCUUCCUACUGCAAAGACAGCUGCAGCAGUCGCGGCUCAGUCUUCAGUUCUUGAUAGAACUAUUUCAAGGGUGAUGAAGAAGGAGAAGCCUGAUAAAAGGUAUGACGGAUACACUUCUUGCCCAUUGGUGACAAGCUACAACACUGUUAUACUGGCAGAAUUUGACUACAGUGGUCAGCCUCUGGAAACAUUCCCUAUUGACCAGAGCAAGGAGAGGAUGAGCAUGUUCUACAUGAAGGCAAAUGUGAUGCCACAUCUGUACUGGCACGGCCUGCUGAAGGGAUUAUGGGGAGGACCAGGCCCUUACAGAAAGAUAAUGCACCUUGGUAUGAAGUAACCAGGAGAAGCUUCACAGAAAUCCUUACGUUGAUUUUUUCAUGUGUCUUUAAUCAGCAGAUCAAUUGCCAUUCCUCUCGCUUCUUUGCUGCUGGGCUUUCAUUGUUUACUGAUUCCUCAGGUCACCAGCAGGCUUAGUUUACUCUCUAAUCAAUAAUAGAAAAUGUAAAUACUUCCUGAAAGAUAGGGGGCUAGUGGAAAUGAGCAGCGCUUACUGAGGAUCCCCCAGUAGAUGAGUCACUGGCAUCAUGGCCCACAGCAUGCCUAUGCUAAAUUUGUUUUCUUUAGAAAAGCAGGAUGUCAUUGGCUCACAAUGCAAAAUGCUACAAAGACUGUAGACCCUGAUAGGACGUGUUAUAAGAGAGUUAUAAGCACUUGGCAGGGAUACGUUUAAGGAUGCAUGUGUCAGCAGCCGUUUCCAGAGGGGUAAAAAUCAUUGGCAAUGACCAAAUGUAAAAAAAUUAAUAACAAUAAAUGUGUUAUAAAUUGAAA